AUGGGAAAAGUAGUGGGAAUAAGGCGUGGCUCAGCAUAUGACAUAGAAACAGUAAAAUCAAAUGCAAAAUUCACGAUGACAUUGUUUGGAGCAAAUUUAUGGCCCAACAGAUAUGAAUCAAUUUGGCUAACCAAUGCAGAUCAUUGUGUGGAUUCAUUUCGCUUAAAAAAAGCUGUUUACUACAUGAAGGUAAUCGAUGAAUUUUCUUACGAAAAUGUGUUGGUGGUAGAGCAAAAAGAUGGCAUUCCCGAAGAUGAUAGCUUAUAUUUAUUGUGUGUUAAACCAUCUCUCUCCGACAAAGUGGCUGCAGCCAAUAUACGCGUAAAAAUGUUAGCAUCACGGAAUCCUUACUGGACACCUUUCUCGUUGCAAACAAUGAUUCUUAUCAUCAUAUUUAUGCUAACAAUGAGUGCGCUUUCCUCAGGCCUUAAUUUAUCAUUCACAUCGGUUGCAAUUAGCGAAUUAAACAUUAUUACUCGUAUGGGCGAUGCAUAUAAAAGCCGUUUGGCAAAAAAUAUUAUACCGGUACGCAAACAUCUCAACUGGCUCAUUUGCACAUUUGCAACAGCUAAUGCAAUCAUUAAUUGUGGAUUAUCAUUACUACUGGAAAAUUUCCUUGAAUACAUAAGUGAUGGUAGAUUACCGUUUCUUCCAUUAACACUCGUGACAUGUAUCAUUACUGUUAUUUUUGGUGAAUUAAUUCCGCUGGCAAUAUGUAAUCGGAGAGGCUUGCAAGUUGCUAGUAAGACACGUUAUAUCACAUGGUUUGUAAUGAUUGCUUUAUCACCUAUUGCUUGGCCAAUUUCGAAGAUUUUAGAUGUUGUCAUUGGAUCUAAAGAAAUUCUGAAGAAUGCGAUCAAUCUCCCAAGAAUUCGAGUUGGUAAUGUAAUGACGAAAAUUGAUGAAGCAUUUCUCUUAUCAACAACAGAUGCACUUGAUAAUAAACUGAUUCUUUCGAUCGUAGAAAAAGGCUAUAGUCGUAUACCAGUUUAUGAAGGUUCAAAAAGAAGCAAAGUCAUUGCAGUACUAAAUGUGAAGGAUCUCAUCACAACUGACUUUAGUAAAAAUAUUGCAGUCAUUGAUAUACUAAAGAAAUUAAAUUAUUUAAAACAGGUCAAACCUUUACUAAACGAAAUGGAAGGGCAAAAUUUUGCAUUCGAACCAAAAGGUUACAUAUCACACUUAGCAAUGGUGGUGAAAUAUGAUAGUAAAAGUUACAGUCUUGUUGGUCUGAUAACACUUGACGAUAUCAUUGAAGAAAUAUUUGGAGAAAUGAAAGAAUUAUCGUUCAAUAUUCACACAAUGCGUCGACUUUUCAAUUUAUGCCAGAUUCAUAGCUCAUUUGGCAGGGUGAAAAAGUUUACCGUUUAUAAACAAGGAUAUUCAUCCAGAUCAGUAGCAGUAAUGCUGACAGGUGAGGCAUUUUAUGAGGACAUAGCAGGUGUUCGCGUUACUGCUACUCCUCUUGAAUUGGGUGUCGAACUUAUCGAGCAAAUCUAUUUGCAAUGUCUUGAUAAGGGCACCUCUGUGGAUCUAAGCAAUUUAUACUUCAUGCCGCUGAAAACAGUUUACGUGGAACCACCAUUCCAUUAUAUUAAGAUCACAGUGCGAGCGGUACUGGCAGCAAUGCAAAUAACAGAAAUAAAUGAAUAUCGUCGUGAAGUAAGCGAAGCGAGAAAUGUGAAAGAAAUAAGCGACGUGAAGUUCAGCAAUUUAUCAUCAGAUGGACGAAGAUCAACCCUCAGAAAGAAGACACAAAGAAUUGAUUCAACACAAAGUAUGAGCGCAUCGAGCACAGAAGAUACUGCAAAAUGUAAAUCUCAUGAAUCGUCACUCAACUUGACCUCGACCGGAUCAUUCACGCCAGGAAAUACCUCAUUUCACAGAUCAGUUAUCGUUCCGAAACAGAGGCACUGUUUAACAUUGCUUCGGAAAGAGCAAGUAGCUUUAACAGUUCAGCGAUGUUUAUUCGCUGAAUCAGUCGAACAUAUCGUAAAAAAAGAUGGUAAUACUAAGAAAGAUAAAUAUCUCCUCACGCUUUCCUUAUCUGAGCAUGAAGCGAAGCAGUCACCAGAUUUUAUUAUUGCUGGAUUGCGAGAUAUUUAUCAAAAGCGGCUAACGAUUCAAUCACGUGUCUUUACUGACAGCAUUUUAAUACCUCUUGAAUCAAAAAAUGGUAAUGUGAUAGAAUUCCUGCAGCGAUCUGGUGACACUCAUAUUCCAUUUUUAUUGAGUUUAUGCGGCCUGCCAAUGAGUGAUGCUACAUGUAGUGCAAAAACUGCAAUAGCUGAUCGUCUUUGGAAUGCACUUAUUCAUGCAAAUAUUCCAAUAACUCAAGCAGCGAUGAAAAGCCGUUUGAAGAUCUUAAUUGAAAACGAUCAAACAUUCGAUGCUCUGCAGAUGUUGAGGGAAGCUGAAACAACAUUUGGUCUCGAGCCAGAUGAAGAAUUUUUCACUAUUAUUCUACAGGAGCUCUCAAUGACAGGAAGCAUUAAUGCAAUGAAUUGGAUGAUAAGGGAAAUAAAAAGGCGCGAAUUGCCCGUGAACGCAGAAAUGAAAGCAUCGCAAAUAUACUGCUAUUUUAAAAACGAUGAUGAAAGUGCAAUGGAGCUGCUUCAAAAUGCUAUUGAAGAAUAUGGCAGUGAAAUUGAACCACUAAUUUUUGUGGUGCGCUGUCAAAUUGCUAUCGAAAAAUGUAAUAUCCAAAAUUUCAAGCUGUUAUUGGAUUCAUCCUCUUCGUCGAAUUUAUUAUUGAAAUUGCUUACUGAUGAAAUGGUAGGGAAAUUUGUUUGGUUACUAGCGCGUAAUGGUAGCGAUUCGAUGGGCAAAGAUCAUGAACAACUUUGCACUGAAAUACUUCGGAAAGUAAGAAAAGAGCAUGGUUUCUUUAAAUUGAUGGUUCGGGAAGCAAAUCGACACGCGGUCCAUGGGAUGUUUUAUUCAGCUCUCUCAUACUUUCAUAGUGAUUUGCAUACAUCCGCCAAAUCCAUUUUUAGAAGUGGAAGUGAUUUUGGACGUCAUAUGGACUGGGUUGAUUGCUUCUCGAAAGCUUUAAUUAAUGCUGAUUUGCCUUUGGAAGAAUUGAAAACUUUAUUUACGCAUAUAAAUCGAAACACUCAUCAUGCGCACUUUUUGCUGGAGCAAAUUUUAUACUGUGUUUUGACACAUAAGUUUUUGUCUGUUCAAAAAUGUUUACUGCUAACUUUGGAGCUUUUGGAAAUUUUGGAUCCUUUCUGCAUUAAGAUUCACCUGAUUAUACCCUUACUUAUACGUGCAUCUGCAGUUGAGCAACGCCUCGAAAUAUUGGCUCGUUUUUUAUCAGUUGGCUACAACGGUUUAAAUCACUUAAAUUAUAGCGUUGUGCAAAAACUGGUGCUGCAGCCUUUACUCGGAUUAGAUGAUGCAAAAAAAAAUAAAUGGAACACUGAAGAGCUCUCUUGUAUUGUGGAUAUUAUGAAGAAGCAUAAAAUACCAGAAGGCAGUACUUACAAGCUCUUAGAACCUAUUGUGAUAGGUACAAACAAUUUGGAAAAGUGGCUGAAAGAACGAAGUAAUCAAAAUAAAACUGGUGUAAGGAAUCAUAGUGAAAAAUUUUCAACUAUGUUGAAGAAAUACAUCUUGAAUCAGGAAGUGGAUAAGAUCCAUGAAUUCUUCAAAAUAAAUGGUUCGGUAGAGAUUCCUCAGUUGUUCCAACCCAUUAUUAUGUUAUACAUAUAUAAAGCUGACUGGAACCUACUCAUAGAAUACAUAAAACAGAUACAUGAUGAUGGCAGUAGUUUGAUUCACUUAACUAUUGACAAUGUUUUAUUGAUACUGGUUCGACAUUUGGAUGAAUUCAAGAGUUUUAAUAUGACGAUUGAUUUUAUUUAUUACUUACAACAAAUUGUUGCUAAAGAUCUUCAUUCAAAUACCCGGAAUCAGAAAACGCUGAAGAAGCUGAUACAAAAAAGCUUAGAACUUUCUCAUCAAACUAUUCAGCCAUUAAUUGCCUGCUCGAAAAUGUUUAGAAUACUCGCAGAUUUUAAAUGGGUUCAAUCCGGCUUCUUUGAAACUGUAUCAACUUCAUUUGCUUCAUCUAUUUUAACCAAAUUUGGUUUCGAAGAAGCUUUGAAAGUUUGCAGUUUUUUCCAUUUUUCUGAUUUUCCAAAUGGUAUCAUCUGUUUGCUGCAUUAUGCUGCCAGAAUCAAUGAUAAAAAUCUUACCAAUAAAGCCCUUGCCGUAGCGAAGACAUACUGGCCAGAAUGGAAAGUUUCCGUAACCUUUGCUUCAAUUAUGAUUUGUUUAGAAAAGCUAGAAGAAGCCAAUCGUCUACUACAAAACGCGAGUAUCCGAUGGAUAAACGUCUUCCAUACUUAUAAAUUGUUGUGUGCUUUACAUUUUGAUGAGACAUGUAACUUUCACUUCAACUAUCUAAAUCUUUUCUCAAAAGUACUGGGAUACAAUAGACAUGACGAAGAUUGCACUCGUUUGGCAUUGGAUUGUUUGAAAAAUUGCAAUCCCUCAAUGGAGAAGAAAAGAUGCCAGAUGGAUAAAAGGAAUGCCAAUGGUUAUGCUAUGAACAUCUUUCGACUAACAGCAGACUUGGCGCAUCUUGUUGCCAUUUUUAUUUUGGCAUUGAAGAUGUGGACGACACGAUCGGUUGCCGGUAUAUCAGGCAGAUCACAGCUUCUUUUUGCUGCUGUUUUCACAUCUCGAUACUUGGAUCUUUUCACCAAUUUCAUUUCAUUCUACAAUUCGGCCAUGAAGGUUUUCUUUCUAGUGUCAUCUUUCGGUACUUUGUAUCUGAUGUGGAUCAAAUUCAGAGCAACUUAUGACCGAAACCACGAUACAUUUCGUAUCGAAUUUUUGGUGCUUCCAUGUGCUCUUUUGGCCUUGCUUAUCAAUCAUGAAUUUACGGUUAUGGAGGUGAUGUGGACAUUUUCGAUUUAUUUGGAAGCUGUUGCCAUUAUGCCACAACUCUUCAUGCUUUCUCGCACCGGAAGCGCUGAAACAAUCACUGCACAUUAUUUGUUCGCACUUGGUUCAUAUCGCGCUUUAUAUAUAUUGAAUUGGAUCUAUCGUUAUUAUACGGAAGGGUUUUUCGAUCCCAUUGCUGUCAUAUCUGGAAUCGUUCAAACUGUACUUUAUGCUGAUUUCUUCUAUCUUUAUGUUUCGCGUGUUUUGCGCCAGAAGCGUGGGUUACAACUCUCCGCAUAA